GAGGGUUAGUUUUCUGUACUUGAACGCAGUCAGACGCACACAUAGAGCGUGGGAGCACAAAGCAAUCGGAACCAAGGAAAGACGCCGCUGUUCACACGCUCUGUCCUCCUGGCACCGUGCACGCUCGCCAAGCCGCGCCGUUUGGAAGAUAGGGGAAAGUUAUCUUUCUUUCUUUGGAGUUUACAGUUUGGAUCCAAUCCCUUUUUUUAAACAUCAAGAAUUUGUGCAGCGACGGACUUUGCUUUUUUUAUGUGUGAAAGCGUUUUACUCAGGCUGAGGAAAUUAUCAGAGCAUUGCAGAAUGGAAGGUAAAUUGACAAGUCGUGUGUGGCGAGGAUCACCGUGUGGAUCUUUCUGCAGGUAAAGGGCGGUAUGACUUGAGCGGCUGAAGUGGCUGGAUCUCAUGUGCAUGACAGAAUUUUUUUUUUUUUUUUUUUUGGCUCUGAUGUAGUUGAGCUUUAAUCAGCGAGUUUCUCCACUCCACUUUAAUUCAGAAGUAAGUCGACAAAGUAGGGCGACAUCCUACGAUCCUACCAGUGGCACUUUGGCGUUUAUUUAGUAAUUGCUGCCGCAUCAUUUACGCACUGAAAACUGAAAGGAAAUAAUUUCCUCUCACUGUUUUUAUUUGUUUUAUUCCCGUAUAUUCCACUAUUUUCACCAGACAUUUAAGCUGCUAUAAGCGCACGGAACCCUUUUAAUAGAUUCACUUUUUGGGGCGAUCCUGCACACUAAGAACUCGAAAACGAAGAAGCUCUUAGCCCCAUCAAGCACUUUCCAAGAGAUCCGAAUAAAACGGCGAGGUUUGCCUUCAGUAAACUGAAAUCCACCUGGCACGACCUGGAAUUAUUUCAUCGAUAUCGUCGGCAGAGAGUGGAUUACAACUUCUAACGUGCUGUGCUCCCUGAUCUCUGGCAGUAUGAACAUGGGGCUGGGUUGUGCAAAGCGGUCAAUUUGUUGGCCCUUUGGCAGCUUGCUAGACUCCAGGCACUGUGUUUUUGCCCUUACACUCCUCACGCUCCUCAUGCAGGUGGUCGUGGAGGCCAACUCAUGGUGGUCUUUGGCCAUGAACCCUUUACUGAUCCCAGAGGCCUACAUCAUCGGGGCCCAGCCUCUGUGCAGCCAGCUGGUGGGCCUAUCUCAGGGCCAAAAGAAACUGUGCCAGCUCUACCAGGACCACAUGCAGUUUAUUGGUGAAGGUGCCAAAAUGGGGAUUCGGGAAUGCCAGUACCAGUUCAGGCACCGGCGCUGGAACUGCAGCACUGUGGACAACUCCUCUGUUUUCGGACGUGUCAUGCAAAUAGGCAGUCGGGAAACGGCGUUCACCUAUGCCAUCAGCGCAGCAGGGGUGGUGAACACAGUGAGCCGUGCCUGCAGAGAAGGCGAGCUCAACAGCUGCGGGUGCAGUCGGGCCGCUCGUCCCAAAGAUCUACAGAGAGACUGGCUGUGGGGCGGCUGUGGAGACAACCUCAACUACGGCUACAGGUUUUCCAAGGAAUUUGUAGAUGCCCGCGAGAGGGAGAAGAGCUAUCCGAAAGGCUCAUACGACAGUGCAAGGCUGCAGAUGAACCUUCACAAUAAUGAGGCAGGAAGGAGGGCUGUGUCAAACCUCGCCGAUGUGUCAUGCAAGUGCCAUGGCGUGUCGGGCUCCUGCAGCCUAAAGACAUGCUGGCUGCAGCUGGCCGACUUUCGUAAGGUGGGCGACGCUCUGAAGGAGAAGUACGACAGUGCCGCAGCCAUGAAGCUCAACUCUCGUGGCAAACUGGUGCCGAUGCACAGCAAUUUCAACCCUCCGACGGGCAACGAUCUGGUGCACAUCGACCAGAGUCCAGACUACUGCUUAAAGAACCAAAGCACUGGCUCCCUGGGCACAGUAGGGCGCCUUUGCAACAAGACAUCAGAGGGCAUGGAUGGGUGCGAGCUGAUGUGCUGCGGCCGAGGUUAUGACCAGUACAAGGCCCAGAUAGUGGAGCGCUGUAACUGCAAGUUCCACUGGUGCUGCUACGUGAAGUGCAAGCGCUGCACCAAAAUUGUAGACCAAUUUGUCUGCAAAUGAGGAGAGAUGUGUUGCCUUGUGGAUGAUGGGUGUACAUCUGUGAAUUCAUGAGCGGUGGAGCACAGAGAGAGGAUUGAAGAAAGAAACUAUAUAAAUUAUAUUUAUAGAGUUAAACAAUUAUGUCAUUUGCAAAAAGACCCUCUUAAAAACAAAACAAAAAAACUUUUUUUUUUAGAAACCAAGAGUAUUGUGAAAUAUUUAUUUUCAGAUUGCUAUGUUUUUAUUCUGGCCCAGUCCUUAUCAGCUAUGUUUCUUUUAUCUUCAAGUUUCUUAAAGCAGUCAACCUUUUCUUACCAUUUUUUGUUUUUUACUAGAAAACAUAAUUUCUUUGCAAGUGGCCCACACUGAUAAAUGCUGUCUGCGAAGUUGAGCUGUUCCUUACAUUUUCUAUCAAAAGUGAUGUCUGAUGUUGUCUCGUAGUUGGCUCAGAGGUUCCGAUGAGUUGAUCAGGAAUGACCAGAUUAAGAGGAGAAAGCAUGUGUACCAUGUGUGGAUCUUCACAGGGCCAGUUCAAAGCUAGACUGCACUCCUUAUUUGUCACUUCUCAACACAUGAGCAGGAAUAAUUGAGAUGUUUGAUUCUUUUGUGAAUCCUUGCAUUACAAGGACUACAGUGAAAUGGCUAUAUAUUUUUUGGCGGGGGGACUGGGCCAUUUAUCAAGCUGUCCCAGAAGCCUUAACCUUCCCCAGGUGCUGCAACAGGCCUUUUGUUCAUAAUGCACUUUGAUGCACAGACUUUAACCUGUCUGUAUGCGUCUCUUCAACUGUUAUCCAUAUAUUCAUAUCGUAGCCUCCUUUUUUUCCAUAUUAAUUCAGAUUAUUCAUUUAACAUUAUUCCACAGUACUUAUCAUGGUUCAAAUAUAUAUGGGCAAUGUUGUGGUGAACAAUGGUGAAAUAUUAAACGCUCUUUGUAAAUACUACAGCAUAGUCUAUCCAACCAAUCAAUAAACUGUAUUUAUUUUUUUUAACCCCAUCUUCCUUUGAGCUUUAAGAAAGAAAAGUAUUGUUUCUAAAAAAUUUAUAAUUUAGUCUGUUUUAAGGUCACUUUUCCAAAAUGUUGUUUCUCACUGACACACAAAGCUUCACUGUUUUUGUAAAAGGGAAAUGCACCUUAUUGUUCGAGAUGAAACCUUUCACCCACAUUUGGCUUUACUGUUACACCAAUUCUUUCAUAUAUGUUCAGAUUUUAAUCCUUGAUUUUCACCUUGCUAUGAUCCCUGUGACAACUCUCAUUAGGCAUAAUUCCAACUACUCAACAAUAUGUAUUUAUAAGCUUCUCUAAUGAAUUUGAGAUUUGUUGAUCUUCAUGUGUUAUAGUUAUUUUGUUACGUUUUACAAAUUGACUCAAUGCUCUUCUUUCUUUCAAUAAACGUGAAAUGUAAAACUA